CUUCCCCCUCUAGCACAGGGGUUUGGCUGUACUUUUACUGGAGUGUCCAAGAGGACACUGUGCUUUUAACUGUUUUUGUAAGACAAGAGUGGAUGGGUAGAAGAAAACAUUUUAACAAGAUGUCUCAUGCAGAUUUCUGGAUACUGAUGAUGGGUUGUUUAGCCAUGUGUCAUGCAGCCCCAACCGUUGCUCCAACAGUUUCACCGGAGGAAGAGAACCUGGCUGAGGAUUACCUGUCUCAGUUCUACUCUGAUGUUGGGUUGAAAAAUUCAUCAGUGCGAAGCAUCACUAAGAGCUCCUUCAGCGAGGACCUACAGUCCAUGCAGGCUUUCUUUGGCCUGGAGGUGACUGGCGUUUUGAAUAAUGAGACGAUUGAGGUGAUGAAGGCACCGAGGUGUGGUGUGUCAGACAUCAGCCGAUACGGACACUUCCAUGGGAAACCUAGAUGGAGGAAAAGCCUAAUCACGUACAGGAUCACUCAGUACACUCGAGAUCUGACCCAGAGUCAGGUGGAUGCAACCAUUGCUCAGGCCUUCCAGCUCUACAGCGAUGUCAUCCCACUGAAUUUUAAACAAGUGCGCAGUGGCACCGCAGAUAUCAUGAUUCUCUUCAAGGGCGGAUAUCAUGGGGACUAUUAUCCUUUUGACGGGGUGGGUGGAGUACUGGCUCAUGCAAACUCUCCUGGACAGCGUGAAGGUGGUGACACACACUUUGAUGAUGAUGAAACCUGGACUCUUACCCAAAGAGGUGUGAACCUGCUGCUGGUGGCAGCCCAUGAAUUUGGCCAUGCUUUGGGCCUGGAUCACUCAAGAGACAGACGAGCACUAAUGUUCCCCACUUACCAAUAUGUCAACACAAACGGAUACAGGCUGCCAGACGAUGACAGGCGAGGGGUUCAAGCCCUUUAUGGCAGCCGUAACCCAUCCCCCACAACACAACCCAAACCUGAGCCACCAGAGCCGGAGGAACCAACAGAAGAUCCAAACCCAGACCCUCUGCCUGACCCCAGAACUGAGCAGUGCAGCCGUGAGCUGGUGUUUGAUGCCGCAACCUCCAUCAGGGGGGACCUGUACUUCUUCAAAAACGGACACUAUUGGAGGAAGAGUUCAAGAAUCCAACAAAUCACUUUAACUAAAGUGAAUACAAAAUGGUCACAAAUCCACUAUGUCGAUGCUGCCUAUGAGGUCCCACGAAAGGAUGCGGUGUAUCUUUUUGAAGGUAGCCAAUACUGGGGCAUUAGGGCUUAUGCAAAGACACUAAUUCCAGGCUAUCCAAAGUCUAUCACCAAUCUCGGCCUUCCGUCGUCAGUCAGGAAGGUGGAUGCAGCUGUCUAUGUGUCAACUACUGGGAAAACAUUCAUUUUUGUGAAUAACCAGUAUUGGAGCUAUGAUGAAGUCAGAAACCAAAUGGACUCUGGAUAUCCACGAUCUAUCUCUAGGGAUUUCCCUGGUAUAGGCUCCAGAGUAGAUGCAGCCUUUGAGAAUUUUGGAUAUCUAUAUUUCUCAUCUGGCGCCAGACAGAGUGAGUACUACCUGCCAUACAAAAGAGUGAUGCGUGUUCUGCUCAACUACGGCUGGCUCAACUGUUACUGAGAAGACACAACAACACAACUGUGUGUGUCCACAGCGUAACUGCAGUUAGCUUUCAAAUCAUGGAAAAAAAAUGAAUAAAAAAUAUCUGUAACAGUAUUACAUAGUUUUAUGAUGUGAAGGACAGUCCUAAUAGACUGAUGUUGUUUUGUAGUCUAACUGCAACUGUUGAUGUAUGACAAGGAACAGUCAAGCUAAGGCAAAGGUUACUGUGUGACUAUCAUCCAAUCAAUUCUGUAAAUGAUCUUUGACCUGAUUUAAAAUGUUUUUAAGUGUUCUCUGUAUGGAAAUUGCAAAAUAAUGUUAUCCACUGCACACUUCACAGGGUUACAAAUAAACGUUAAAAUAGAGUUAUACAAGAGCUCCCCUGCAAUUGCUCCAUCCGGUCUAGGUAUACCAGGGUCCAGCUUUCAGAAUGUUGUUUUCAAUCACGUCUGCACAGCGUUGUCUUUUGCUUGGAUGCUGCAAUUUUAGAAAUAGGAGCACAGUGUUUGUUAGCUCAACUUUAGCCACAUAAAAGAAUCAAUAAAGAAAGAGAGCUGA